AUGGCUCUAACAAAGAACAUUUUUUCUGCCACCAAUUCCUUCUGUUUUAUUUCUCUCUUCCUCGUUUCAAUCCAGUCGGUACUAGCAGCUAAAGAUCAAAACGACGGCAUAUACAUCGUGUACACGGGAGCAGCUCCAUCCUCAUCAAAUGGUCACCACUGUGAUCAUAUUAUGAGCUCUUCCUCCAUAGAAAGUUGGGAUUGGAAAGACAGAGUGUUACACACAUACAGCAAAGCAUUUUCAGGGUUCGCGGCACGAUUGUCGAAAGAAGAGGCUGAAUCAAUUGCCCGAAGGCCUGAAGUUGUAUCAGUUUUCCCUGAUCAAAUCCAUCGAAUCCACACAACGCGAUCAUGGGACUUUCUGAAGGAACAAAGUGUUGUUGGAUUAAAAACCAGUCAAAUCCCAACAUCAAACAUUUCCUCUGUUUCUGGUGAAGAUGUUAUCAUUGGCGUUUUCGAUACAGGUGCUACCACUAUUGACAGGUUUUUCGAGUCCGAUGUUGUCUUGGGAAACAAUAAAGUCAUCAAGGGCGGAGGUGUUCACUCUGCUAAUUUUGAGAAGAAUCCAAUCUACCCAUUGAUUGAUGCCCGUUUAGCUAAAAAACCUGAUGGUGAUGAAGCUGAUGCAAGUACUUGUUUGAUGGAUGCAUUAGAUGGGAAAAAAGUCAAGGGGAAGAUUGUUCUUUGUCACCCGAGCGAAGAUUAUGCAACAUCCGCGCAGUUUGAUGCCAUAACAAGUCUGGGAGGAAUUGCAAUGAUAUAUAUUGACGAGUUUUCUCAUCAGCUAGUUGACUCUGUUCGUGGUAGUGUUCCCUGUAUCCCAGUCUAUCCUGAUUCAGACCAGAUUCUAGCUUAUAUCAACUCAACCAGGAACCCUGUGGCGACGAUUUUACCGACUGUAGCGAAAGCGAAUAACAAGCCAGCUCCAGCUGUGGCAUAUUUCUCAGCUCCAGGCGGUACUCUAGAUGACAAUCGCUAUUUGAUCAAGGGCUACAAUGCAUCAAGGCUCAAACUCAUUUCAUCAAAGUUUCCAACCAACUUUUCUUGCCCAAGUGAUCCCAAGGAAGAAUCGAUGUCAAACAUGAAUUACCCCUCAAUAUCUGUCUUUCCAUCGUUCAGGCAGAAUCGGACAGUUACAAGGACCGUCACAAAUGUUGGCGACGAAGAAUCAGUGUAUCGAGUAAGUUUUGAAGCGUCCGAGAAAUUGGAAAUCAUAGUGAGUCCUACUGAGCUGAUAUUCACCAAACACCAAAAGAAGCUAAGUUAUACAGUGACUUUCACAGAUGCUCCUCCAUUCAAAGCUUGUGAUCCCCAUGGUUCAAUCAUAUGGAGCAAUGACAAACACAAAGUUCGUAUCCCUUUCAUCGUAAGAUGCUAG